ACAUAGGGUUGAGAUUGGAAGCAAAUUCCGGUUCUUCUUUGCUUUUCGUUCUUGUUUUUGUUUUGUGAGCUUGCAAUCUCAAUCUUUGUAUUCAAAUUCUUUUGAAAAUGUUUAUUGAGAAAUUUAAGGUUGAGAGUCCUAAUGUUAAGUACUCAGAGGAUGAGAUUCACUCUGUGUAUAACUAUGAAACAACUGAGCUUGUUCAUGAGAACAGAAAUGGUACCUAUCAAUGGAUUGUAAAACCCAAAACAGUCCAAUAUGAAUUCAAGACUGAUGUCCAUGUUCCUAAAUUAGGGGUUAUGCUUGUGGGUUGGGGUGGAAACAAUGGUUCUACUCUCACCGGUGGUGUUAUAGCGAACAGAGAAGGAAUCUCCUGGGCUACCAAAGACAAAGUGCAGCAAGCAAAUUACUUUGGCUCGCUCACUCAAGCUUCAUCAAUUCGAGUUGGGUCUUUUAAUGGAGAAGAGAUUUAUGCUCCAUUCAAGAGCCUUCUCCCCAUGGUGAAUCCAGAUGACAUUGUGUUUGGUGGGUGGGACAUAAGUGACAUGAACUUGGCUGAUGCUAUGGCCAGGGCUAAGGUUCUGGAUAUUGAUCUUCAGAAACAAUUGCGGCCCUACAUGGAAUCUAUGGUUCCACUCCCUGGAAUCUAUGACCCUGAUUUUAUUGCUGCUAAUCAAGGAUCGCGUGCCAACAACGUGAUUAAAGGCACUAAAAAAGAACAGAUGGAACAAAUUGUCAAGGAUAUUAGGGAGUUUAAGGAGAAAACCAAAGUGGAUAAAGUCGUUGUGCUUUGGACUGCCAACACUGAGAGGUACAGUAAUGUUGUUGUGGGGCUAAAUGACACUAUGGAGAGCCUCUUGGCUUCUUUGGAGAGAAAUGAAGCUGAGAUAUCUCCCUCAACCUUGUAUGCUUUGGCUUGUAUCUUUGAAAAUGUUCCUUUCAUUAAUGGAAGCCCACAGAACACUUUUGUUCCUGGGGUUAUUGAUUUGGCUAUUAAGGGGAACAGUUUGAUCGGCGGGGAUGACUUCAAGAGUGGUCAGACCAAGAUGAAAUCCGUACUGGUUGAUUUCCUUGUUGGGGCUGGUAUUAAGCCAACAUCAAUAGUGAGUUACAACCAUUUAGGAAACAAUGAUGGCAUGAACCUUUCAGCACCGCAAACUUUCCGUUCCAAAGAAAUAUCCAAAAGCAAUGUUGUUGAUGACAUGGUCUCUAGCAAUGGUAUCCUCUAUGAACCUGGUGAACAUCCUGACCAUGUUGUGGUCAUCAAGUACGUGCCAUAUGUGGGGGAUAGCAAGAGAGCUAUGGAUGAGUACACUUCAGAGAUUUUCAUGGGUGGCAAAAGCACCAUAGUCCUGCACAACACUUGCGAGGAUUCCCUCUUGGCUGCACCCAUUAUUUUGGAUUUGGUCCUACUUGCUGAACUCAGCACCAGGAUCCAGCUUAAAGCUGAAGGAGAGGGAAAGUUCCAUUCCUUCCAUCCUGUGGCUACCAUUCUCAGCUACCUCACCAAGGCUCCUCUUGUUCCACCAGGCACCCCAGUGGUGAAUGCACUGUCAAAGCAGCGUGCAAUGCUGGAGAACAUAUUGAGAGCUUGUGUUGGUUUGGCUCCUGAGAACAACAUGAUUUUGGAAUACAAGUGAAACAUACAA